AUGCUGAAUGCUGUUCUCCGCAGCUGUGUCUUCGCGUCUUCGAGAAUUGGCCGCUCAUCGAUCCUCAUCGGCCGAAUGCAGCGGAUCCCAGUGCUUCCUCUUGGGAGGCGCUCCUUUACCUCAAUCCCGGGCACCUUCACCGGUCGCCACCCGCCCACCUCGGCUGUAUCGGUCGCUUUGCGGCCAUGGCGGAGCCGGUGGAGCGCAGGGCGGGCGAUGUCGGUGUCCCCGAGGGUGGACCUGCUCAUCGUCUUCUUCGUCUUCAGCCAGCUUCGUGCAGCACAGGCGCAAGCGCAGGACGUUGCAGAUCAUGCUCUUCCGAGUCAAGAAGGUUUGUGA